AGGACCAGCCGGCGAGUGAAGCAGUUGUCCGCCAUGUUAGUGUGAAGUAAAGUUGAGAAGGAAAAACGUUCUUUUCCAUCGUUUAGUCUCAAAACUAAUAUAGCAAACCGGAUAUCUGUCGUCUCUAUGAUGAAGCCAAUAAUACCCAUUGUUUAAGAACAGCAGAAUGUCUAUAAAAGACGAUACGAUUUCGAACGGGGGUGUUUGUUUGCGGUUAUAAUGUAUGUAGGAAUUGUCAAUACUGCGCCUUGACAAGCGGUGUUAGGCCGCCUGCGGGCAACCUCUUUCGGCGGCGAUUCGUUUUCCUGCUCCGGUACUAUUUAAGAUUAUCGGCGAACGAAACAAUUAAAGUUCGUUGAUUAAUAUAAAAAUAUAAUAUAGCUGUAUUUUUAUGUGUAUUGUGAUAAAGUAUCUUUGAAAUCAAUAAUUUGUACGCAUUGAAAAUAAGGAAAGGAAAAUGUUUCGAUCGUCUGCUUCAAUAAUAUUAAGCCUAAAUAAUAGCAACUGAACUACAUCUGUUAUUGUUGACAUCUGCGAGUUGAAUUAUCGUCUGCUCCUCGGAUUUCGGAGUUUAAGUGUUUUGUGCUACUUCUUGUUUCAUAAUUGUUGUGCGUUUCUUAUCCUUCUAUUCUCUAUUGCGAUGAAAUUGUUAAUUAAAAGGAUUCUAUGGUGGAUUCAUUACACGGAUAAAGUUAGAAGACUAAAUUCAAGUGUAAAAACGAACGGAAAAAUGUUUACUUAGUGUUUACAUACUAGUCAAAUAAAUUAAUUAACAAUGUCGGGUCACUCCCCCGAAGAGAGGAUUAGAGAACUUGAACAAAUGUUUUUAGGGGGGCCAAUAAUUGCUAAUGGCAAGAGUUUCAGCAUUGAAACAUUGCUGGACGUUUUAUUAGUAUUAUAUGACGAGUGCUGUAAUUCAACGCUUCGGAGAGAAAAAACAGUCUCAACUUUUAUUGAAAAUGUUAAUCCUGUUGCUCAGAAGAUCAAAUGUUUACGUUUAACUAAAGAUGAUUUUGAAGUUCUCAAAGUUAUUGGUCGUGGUGCUUUUGGAGAAGUUGCUGUUGUUAAACAAAGGAAUACUGAGAAAGUUUAUGCUAUGAAAAUUUUAAAUAAAUGGGAAAUGUUGAAAAGAGCUGAAACGGCAUGUUUCCAAGAAGAGAGAGAGGUCCUUGUCUAUGGCGAUAAAAGAUGGAUCACAAAUCUUCAUUUUUCAUUUCAAGAUGAAGUCAAUUUGUACCUGGUCAUGGAUUAUUACUGUGGAGGAGACCUGUUAACUUUACUGAGCAAGUUUGAAGACAGACUUCCUGAAGAUAUGGCUAGAUUUUAUAUCUGUGAAAUGGUAUUAGCAAUAGACUCUAUACAUAAACUACAGUACGUACACCGUGAUAUUAAACCAGAUAACGUUCUGUUAGACGCCAAUGGUCAUAUCAAAUUAGCAGAUUUCGGUUCCUGUCUAAGGCUACUUGAAGACGGAAUGGUGCAGUCUAACGUAGCUGUAGGGACACCAGAUUAUAUCUCUCCUGAAAUUUUGCGAGCUCAUCAAUACUCCCUGCAGGCAAUGGAAGACGGUAAAGGCAGGUACGGAGCUGAAUGUGAUUGGUGGUCCCUAGGUGUCUGCAUGUAUGAAAUGCUCUACGGAGAAACGCCAUUCUACGCCGAGUCGCUGGUAGAGACCUAUGGUAAAAUUAUGAAUCACAAGAACUGCUUCGAUUUUCCUGAAGAUGCGUCUUUUCACGUUUCCGAGGAAGCCAAGGAUCUGAUGCGGAGGCUUAUCUGCAGUCCAGAAUGCAGACUGGGACAAAAUGGACUGGAAGAUUUCCGCAAUCACCCCUGGUUCAGCGGAGUCAAUUGGGCUACUAUCAGAGAAACUGAAGCUCCUUACAUUCCCGAAGUUAGCAGUCCAAGUGAUACAUCAAAUUUUGACGUGGAUGAGACUGAUUUAAAAGGAUCAGAUUCUGUACCACCUAGUUCGAAUUCUGUGUUUUCUGGUCUUCAUCUUCCUUUUGUUGGUUUUACUUUCUCUUCCAAAAGCAGACUUUCAGGUUUUGGAAUGCAAAAUGGAAUCGACUAUCAUGCAGAGGAAAAUCAAAUAAUUUAUGAACAAAGAAUACAAAAACUUGAACAUGAUAAAAUGGAUCUACAGAGGAGGUUAAGAGAAAUGUCAAAAUUCUUCAAACAACAGGGAAUAUUAUUUGAUGAAAAUGAUUUUGGUAAAGGUCGAGGUUCCGAAGCAGAGAGCCGUAAACUGCAGGAUGAAAUUAAUACCCUCAGAAAGAGGAAAUCAGAGCUUGAAUUAGAAACUAGCAAAUUAAGAAAAGAACAUAGAGACAUGAUACUUGGAAAACAAGAGUUAGAUUGCUUACAAGAUGAGAAAAUCCUGCGUAUUAGAGAAUUAGAAAAAGCCCUUCGCUUUUCGAAAACAGAAAAUGACGAUCUGCACAGGGAUUUAGUUGAUUGCCAUGAAAAAUUAAAACUCCAAGCAAAAGAGCUUAAAGAGGCCUUAGGCCAGAGAAAACUUGCUAUGGCAGAAUAUGCUGAAGUUAGUGAUAAUGCCUGGUAUCAUAGUGGAAAUUUUUCUGUCAACAGAUUGUCUGAAUUAAGAACACAAAAGCAGAAACUGUCUAGACAAGUACGAGACAAAGAGGAAGAACUUGAAACAGCCAUGCAGAAAAUUGAUAUCCUACGGCAAGACCUUAGAAAAGCAGAAAAGUUUCGCAGAGAGCUUGAGGCAAGGGUUGAAGAAGCUCAGUCCGAAGCCACCAAAGAACGAAGACUGAGAGAACGUACAGAAGAAUAUGCCCACCAUUUGGAAGAUGAGAUGGAGUCUCUUAAGCAGAGACAUAUUGGACGAGCUCCUAGUCCUGUUCAUUUGGAAACACUGCAAGAAGUCAACAGACUCAAAAUAGAAAUUGAAAGAAUGGAGCUGCAAAGGAAUGAAGCUUUAACAGAGCAGCAAACAAGACAUCACGUCGAUAUAACAAAUUUACAUGAACAACUCCAAGAAGCAGACAUCACUAUAGAAGCUAUGGAAAGAGAAAUAAUGUCUCUUAAAGAAAAAAUAGAGGUUGCCAGAUCAGAAAGCGUUGUUGAAAAUAACGAGGUCAUGAGUGAGAUGAAAAAAUUGCAUGAAAAUGAAAAAUGUUUACUCCAUGAAGAAAAUAAUAAACUAAGCCAAGAAAUAGAUAGGUUAGCACAGGUUGUUAGUAGGCAAGAAAACCAAAACAGGAAUGAAGAUGAUGUAAAUUAUAUUAAGGAAAAGUCACUUGCUAAGUGGGAAUCACAAGUUACAGAGCUUAUCCAAUGGGUAAGUGAUGAAAAAGAUGCCAGAAGUUAUCUUCAAGCUCUUGCUACAAAAAUGACCGAAGAGUUAGAAAAUAUGAAAUCUAGUGGUGUUACUCCAGCAACAGCUCAAAAUUUUAAUAAUUUAAAUAUGAAAAGGUACAGCAUAGGAUGCCAUUUAGAAAGGGAAAAGAACUGGAGAAAUAGACGCUCUCAGAAACUGGAGAAAAUGGAACUGCUCAAUCUUCAGUCUAGUCUAAAUAGUGAAAUUCAAGCUAAACAGUCAAUAGCUGAUGAAUUAAGUAAAGUACGAGCAGAACUAGUCUCUGUACAAAAAGAAUUGAAAGAAACAAAGCAAAGAGUAGAAAAUUUAAAGAACGAAGCCUCCAAGAAAGACCAUCUCAUACAGGAUUUGCAGCAAAAGCUCGAUUCCUCUGGAGAUAAUUAUCAAUUCUUGAAAAAUACACCUCGUCACCUUGUCAGAAGUGAAAGCGGUGACUCAGCUGGAGCUGGUGAUGAAGCCGAUGUGGAAGAUAAUCAACCUCCAUCUGUAACUAGUAGUAAAUCAAAUGCUUCAGAUAAUAGUGGAGAAAUGGUUUCUGCACCUGUGUCUCCCAUAAUUGAUACUAGGCCGGCUCAUUUACCUCCUAAGCCAAAUAAAGCACAUCAAUUUUUAGUGAGAACAUUUGUUGCCCCUCUGAAGUGUAACCACUGCACAUCUCUAAUGGUUGGUCUUAUAAGACAAGGUGCUGUUUGUGAGGUGUGUGGGUUUGCAUGUCAUGUAGUAUGUCAAGAAAAAGUACCUUUGAUGUGUCCUGUUCCUCCUGACCAAACAAAGAGACCAGUUGGCAUUGAUCCCACUCGUGGAAUAGGUACAGCAUAUGAAGGAUAUGUGAAGGUGCCCAAACCAGGUGGUGUGAAGAAGGGAUGGAUGAGGCAGUUUGUUGUUGUCUGUGAUUUUAAACUUUUCCUUUACGAUUUAGCCCAGGACAAAAGUGCCCAGCCAUAUGUGUGUGUCUCUCAAGUCUUAGAUAUGAGAGAUGAGGAUUUUUCGGUUAAUUCAGUAUUAGAGUCAGAUGUCAUUCAUGCCAACAGGAAGGAUAUACCUUGUAUAUUUAGGAUUACAACUUCAAUGAUGGAUCCUCCGGGCAUGAAGAAUCAAACUCUAAUGCUAGUCGAUCGAGAAAGUGAAAAAAACAAAUGGGUAGAUGCACUUACUGAGCUUCAUCGUAUUCUUCGUAGAAACAAAUUGCCAUCUCGAACUGUAUUUCAAGCCAAAGAAAUUUUAGAUAAUACUAUUUCAGUUGUAAAAAAUGCCUUAUCUGCUGCCAUAAUUGAUCGUGAGAGAAUAGUAUUAGGAACAGAAGAGGGUCUUUAUUGUGUCGAUUUAGAUCGAGAAGAAAUUGCUAGGAUAGGAGAAGGAAAAAAGAUAUCACAAAUUGAGUAUGUACCUGAGGAACAACUUUUAAUUGCUGUAUCAGGUAAGCAAAGACAUAUACGGCUGAUACCUGUUGGUGCUUUGGAUGGCCACGAUGUAGACUGGAUAAAAGUAGUAGAUACCAAGGGUUGCCUUACUUUCGAUACUGCCUGUAACUCUCAGGGGUCUUCUUCCAACUAUGUUUUUUGUAUUGCUCUAAAGAGACAGGUAGUACUGUAUAAUAUUAACCGAACAAAAACUCGCCACCAAAGACGCCGUGAAAUUUGUUUGCCAACUUCUGCUCAGUGCCUCAAUGUGAUGGGGGAUAGGUUGUGUGUUGGAUUUCCCUCAGCAUUCUACAUUUAUUCUCUUUGGGAAGAAACACCUCCAUUCUGUUUAGUGAAUACUGAAACUGCAGCCCUGUCCUAUCUUUGCCAUAGUCCCAUGGAUGCUCUAAUUGCUGUUAAUCUUCCAAACAACGAAUUUCUUCUAGUUUUUAGUUAUUUAGGCAUAUUUGUGGAUGGUCAGGGUAGGAAGACAAGAGACAAAGAACUUAUGUUCCCUGCCUUACCUACAGGAAUUAGUCAAAGAGAUGAUUAUUUAUCUGUAUAUAGUGAUUCUCAUGUUGAUGUAUUUGAAGUAAACACAGGAGAUUGGGUCCAAACAAUAAACUUAAAAAAGACCAAACCACUUUCCACUUGUGGAAUGUUGUGCCUGACGUUGGCAACUGAGCUUCCCCAUAUGGUGUACUUGCACAACGUACAGCACAGGGAGAAUCAAAUUCGUGUCCCUGAAAUCAGCAUUCACCAUGUGAAAGAAAGAUCUGGAAAGACUGUGCUCUCCAGAACCAGGCGAAGGUUCUCUGUCAGAGAACCAGAAAAAGCAAAAGCCAAUAAAAACAGCACAGCAGAGAGAAGAUCUCGAAUGAUAUCUGCACCUACGAAUUUCAACCAUGUUUCCCACAUGGGUCCAGGUGAAGGAAUUCAACUCCAGAAACUCAUGGAUCUCCCAGCUCUGGUUAAACCUUCUAAUCAACAACAGUGCCAAACUCCCACCCAGACCCCUACCUCUAUCUCCACCCCUGUUUCUUCAGAUGAAAGAUCUCAAAGAACUAGAAGUGUGCCACAGCAACCAAAGCCCCUCCCACGUGCGCUGCAAGACAGUGCCAGUAGAAGGACAAUUCAUAAUGGUUCUGCAUCCAAUAAACACCCAUCAUUUAUGAACCCUUGGAAUCAAAAACCAACUAAUACUGCUUCUCCAGAUGGUUCAGGGUCUGUAUCUUCACAAGAACAUUCAAAUCCAAGCGUGCACACUGCUGGUUCAGCACAUGCACAUUCACAUUCUUCUGGGCAUGAGGAAUCACAUGAUCAAAGUCCUCGCCACUCCAUAGCAUCUAACACUAGUUCUAAUGUAAGCUAUCCUCCAAGUCCUCGAGAGAGGAGAACAACGGCUCCAGCUGCAACAUCUGUACCACUUUUGCCACUUCAUGCUCCAGGAAAUGAGGAUCAUGGCGGAUCAUCAAGCUAUGAAUCUCAAAGCUAAACAAACUCUUAGCAGAUAUUAUUUUACAAUAAUGGCUUUCAAGACGCAGCUUUCCUUCAUCACUUAUUUAAUCAUACCUUCAAUCCCAUUUUUUAUUGAUAUUUUCAAUUUUCAUAUCACCUUUUGCAUUUUUUCCUCAUAAACAUUUCAUUCAUAUUUAAGAUUUUGAAUUUUUAGUUUUGGAAAAUAAUAAGCUCCCAAUAUCGAAUAAGCAAAACCAUGCUUAAAACUUCCAUUGCUUUUUUAUUUAAUUGCAAAUUCAAGUGUUUUUGAAUGCUGCUAAGUUCUAACUACAGUAGGGAACUGAUUAUCCGGAACGAUCGGGACCAUCGCUAUUCUGGAUAACUGAUUUUUCCAAUUUUCUGAAUCGCUACAAAAAGCCGUUUUUUUUUUAUUGUUAAACCC